AGACACUCACCUUAUCCAAUUACAAAGAGAGAAGAGCGUUUCCCGUGGCGACACGCAGCCUAUCACUGCUGAGCAAGAGGGCGGUGCUUAGACGGGUGGGUAGCAACAGUUGCCCCGGUGAGGACGAGGCGCCAUAGUCACGGUAGUCGUGGCGACAAGAACCCAGCAACGAAAAUCAACAACAACAAUUUGAACCAUUAAGAAAAUAAAACUCCGCGCCAAACUAAGAUCAUCCGUCAAGAAGCGAAAGAGGGAUUUGGGUUGUUGUCCUCAUGGCAACCUCAGCCUUCACCGCCGAGGAGCUUCCACCCUCCCAAUCACAAGGGUGCAACGUCACCACGGCCUCGUCAACCCUCCAGAAAGCCACUUCCACCUCCACGUCCCAGUUCCUUCCUGAGAUCCAGAGCUCGCCGGGAUCCGCUCCCGCACAGACGGCCUCUAUCAGAAGAGCACAGGCCACACCCCCUGUCACUCAAAAGAAAGUGGUUUUGACCACGCCCCUUCAAGGAGCCGUGACAGCAGCGCAGUAUGUGUCAGGAGAGAUACAAAGCUCCGCCUCCCAGGCAGGAAACAGCCAGAGCGCCCAGCAGUACAUAGUGGUGACUGUUACCGAGGGCUCUCUUCACUCAAAUGACUCUGAAUCCAAUUCUCCUCCCGUGGGACAGACUGGUGUACCCACACAGGUAGUGCAACAGGUGCAGACUGCACAGCAGAGGUCAGUGGUUCAGGCCACAACCAAGAGUCAAAGUGGACAACUGGCGGUCAGCAACCUACACAUCACACCUGAGGUUCCUGUACAGCAUGUUUACCCGAGCCAGUUUGUGGACGGAGAUGCCAACUACAACAAUACUGCAAUUCGCUCCAGUAGUUACCAGUUCACAGACCCCUCCCUCUACUCUCAGGCCACGCCCUCUGUCACUUACUACGAGACGUCGCCCACCACCGGCUCACAGGUCACGUCCCCCGCCAGCACUCAGCCUGUGUCUGUGACGUCCGGGAUGGGCACAGGGGUGGUCUCCAUGUUCUCAGAGGGCAGUUCAGGGAUCACUGUGGUGGCCGGCGGGUCCUCGUCAGGAGUGGGCGGGGCAGGAGGCGUGGUUACCAGUGGAGGGGCGGGAAGUUACUUGAUUCAGGGCGGGUACAUGCUCGGCGGAGGGAACCAGAAUUUCUCACACAACACACGCGCAUCACCUGCGACUGUGCAGUGGCUGAUGGAUAACUACGAGACAGCUGAAGGUGUGAGUCUUCCUCGCUGUACUCUCUACUGUCAUUACCUCCUGCACUGCCAGCAGACCAAGCUGGAACCUGUGAACGCCGCCUCCUUUGGCAAACUCAUCCGCUCCGUGUUCAUGGGCCUCAGGACCAGACGUCUCGGCACCAGAGGGAACUCUAAGUACCAUUACUAUGGCCUUCGAAUCAAGAGCAACUCCCCCCUGCACAAACUGGUGGAGGACCAGCAACACCUGGCCAUGAGACAACAGCCGUACUCACAGAAACAGAGGUUAAAGCCUGUGCAGAAGGUGGAGGGACUGACCAAUGGAAUGGGCUUGGGGGCGGGGCAUCAACAAGGGGCGGGGCUUUCUGACAUCAGCGCCCAGGUUCACCAGUAUCAGCAGUUUCUGGAUGUGUCUCGCACUCUGCCUGAGUUCCCUGACGUCAAAGAUGAGGGUAAACCUCUGCCGGAUGGACUCCUUCCUCAACACGUACACGCAUAUCAGCUGGUCUACAGAGAGCACUGUGAGGCAAUUCUGGACGUGAUGGUAAACCUGCAGUUCCCUCUUGUGGAGACGCUGUGGAAGAGUUUCUGGAGGUUCAGUGAAGGACAAAGCGGUGACUCGGAUACACUCGACCUUCAGGAGGACCCAGAGAAGCGCUUGCCCAAGUCAGUUCUGGUUCUGUUGUGUAAAUAUGAGCCCGUCCUGCACUGGACCCGUGAGUGUGACAACUUACUGUAUCAAAGCCUAGUGGAGAUCCUCAUCCCUGAAGUCCUGAGACCCAUCCCCAGUGCCUUAACUCAAGCCAUCCGUAACUUCGCUAAGAGUCUGGAGAACUGGCUGACCAACGCCAUGAUCAACAUCCCGGAGGAGAUGGUCCGCAUCAAGAUUGUGUGUGCGGGAGCGUUCGCUCAGACUCUGCGGCGCUACACGUCUCUCAAUCAUCUGGCUCAGGCGGCCCGCGCCGUCCUGCAGAACACGGCUCAGAUCACACAGAUGCUCAGCGACCUCAACCGUGUCGACUUCACCAAUGUACAGGAGCAGGCCUCGUGGGUGUGUGGCUGUGAAGAUGGUGUAAUCCAGCGGAUGGAGCAGGACUUUAAGACCACCCUGCAGCAGCAGAACUCUCUGGAGCAGUGGGCCGUAUGGCUGGACAGGGUCGUGUCGCAGGCCCUGAAGCCGUACACCGGCAGUCCAGCCUUCCCCAAAGCAGCCAAACUCUUCCUGCUCAAGUGGAGCUUCUACAGUUCUGUGGUGAUCAGAGACCUGACCCUGCGCAGUGCCGCCAGUUUCGGCUCGUUUCAUCUGAUCAGACUGCUGUACGACGAGUACAUGUAUUACCUGAUCGAGCACAGAGUCGCACAGGCCAAAGGAGAGACGCCCAUCUCUGUCAUGGGAGAGUUUGCCUGUCUCAACAGAAGUCAAAGGUCAAUGGAUCCUGAUAAAGAUGAGGAGGACGAGGAGGAGGAUGACGAGACCGAUGAGGAUCAGGACAUGGCCAUUCCUGUGGUUGUGGGGGAGGAGUCACUGGAGCCGCCCACCAAACUCGCCCGAACCGAGCUCUUCAACAGCAACACACCAAACUAACACACCGUCAUUUCUGCUUCCUCCGCCCAGACUGAUGGACAUUCACACGGACACUGUAGAAGCAAUGUCUGUGUAUGCUGAACUCGUUUGGGAGUGAAACACAAUCUUCAGUUUUGCUAAUUAUUAGAGGAAGCUCAGUUUCAGUUAAUUUCCUGUAAACACAGAUGAGCUGCUGUAUGAUCUGAUGAGGCUUUUCUAGUGAACGGUGACAUGCAUAUGCCUUAAUUAAGCACACACACUCACACACAUAUUUUCAUUGCCUUCCCUUUCUCAAAGCUGCCAUGUGUGUCAUGUGUCUCUGCUCUUAAAGUUACAGUUCACCCAAAAGUAAAGGCAUUCACCCUCAUGUCAUUCAAGUGUGUUCCAUAGAAGAAAGAAAGUUAUGUAACGACGUUAGGGUGAAUAAGUGAAAAGGGACGUUUCAUUUUUGGGGGGAACCGUUCCUUUAAGAGUCUGGUUUUGAUGAUCAUUCACCCCUCCAUGCUGCCAUAGAAAUUGUUCUUUGCCAAAGCCAAUCAUAGGUCACCUAGGCCUGUUGCUCAUUAAUAUUCAUGAACGUUUAAGGUGUCGCUGGAAACCACAACUGCAGAUUUGGCCUUUUACAGCUGUAACUCCACAUGUCCUUCCAUGCUUUUGACUUUCUUUUAUUAAUUAUAAUGAAAAUGAUAUAUACAGUUGUUGUGCUUUAAUCAGCUGUUCAACUUUGAUGCUUUGUGAUAUGAGUUGAUGCUAACGGAUCAAACGUGCCUUCAGAGGAUUAUUCAGUCUAGAGAUUCAUAAACGUAUAAAUAAUUAUGAGAAUGCUUUAUUUUUUUCAAAUCUGAAAUCCCAUCAGGCCUAAUUUGAAAAACAGAAGCAGAAUCAAUUUUGUGUAAAUUGUAAAACCAUUUUCACACGAUUAUCAAGUUUCAUUAUCAAGAUUCAUUUAACUGAAGUUUUACAAAUGAGAUUCAGAGUUUAAUCACUGACUUCACUGCAUUAAAUAAAAGCAUCAUGUGUUUAUAAAGAAAUUAA